AUGGCAAGCUUGGAUGUUUAUGCUGCUCUCGUAAUUCUGGCCAUUGCGCUUAGUGGUGCGGUGAUUGUUGAUUCAGGCAAGACACACAGUUGCGGAAACAUGACGUUGCGUUGUAUCGACGAAGUUUACACGAGUAUAUUCAGAAACGGGACCGUCUCCGAUGAAUGUUGUCACAAACUUGUGAAAAUCGGUCGACCAUGCCAUGAAGCAUUGGUGAGAAGAGAUCUUGAAGAUCCUUUCUUCAAAAACCAUACAAACAUUAAACAAGAAAUUUUAUCAAAGGCUAAACAAAUAUGGAAUAAGUGCACUUCAAUUGUUGAUGCUCUUUCAGUUUCACCCAAUGCUUCCCCUUGA